AUGGGACUUGAGAUGGAAUAUGAAAGUAGGGAUGGGCUUGGGGAUGGGACUAGAGAUAUUCAUAGGGAUAGGAGAAGGGAUUGGAAUGUGGAUAGGACUAGGGAUGGGGAUGGGGAUGGGAGUAUGGAUUGGCCUGAAUAUGGGAGUGCAGAUGGCUAUGGGGAUGGGCAAGGGGAUGGGCUUAUAGAUGGGCAUUUGGAUGGGACUAGGGAUUGGCUUGUGGAUGGGUCUACGGAUUGGCUUGUGGAUGGGACAAGGGACGGGCAUGGAGAUGGGACAAAGGAUGGGCAUGGGGAUGAGAAUAGGGAUGGGCAUGUGAAUGGGACUAAGCAUGGCCAUGGUGAAGGGACUUACGGGGAUGAUACCACAGAUGGGAAUGCGGAUGGGACUAGGGAUGGGAAUGGGGAUGAGACUAGGGAUGGGAAUGGAGAUGAGACUACAUGCCAGCAAAGGGAUGGGACUAAGGGAUGGGGAUGGGAUCGGGAAAAGGAUGGUCAUGGGGAUUGGACUAGCGAUGGGGAUGGGAUUGGAAAGGGAUGGCACAGCGAUGAUGGGUGGCUCAAUGAUGGUGGGCAGCACACCGAGGGUAGGCAUCUCAACAACGUUGGGCAGAACAGUGAGGGUGGGCGGCUCAACGAUGUUUGGCGGCACAACGAGGAUGGGCGCCUUCACGACAGUGGGCGGCACAAGACUUCUAAGUGCACGAGACUCCGCAUGCGCUUCGUCCUCUCUGUGAGCACAGGUGCAGUCAUGAGCACAGGUGCAGUCAUGAGCACAGGUGCAGUCAUGAGCACAGGUGCAGUCAUGAGCACAGGUGCAGUCAUGAGCACAGGUGCAGUCAUGAGCACAGGUGCAGUCAUGAGCACAGGUGCAGUCAUGAGCACAGGUGCAGUCAUGAGCACAGGUGCAGUCAUGAGCACAGGUGCAGUCAUGGGCACAGGUGCAGUCAUGAGCACAGGUGCAGUCAUGAGCACAGGUGCAGUCAUGGGCACAGGUGCAGUCAUGAGCACAGGUGCAGUCAUGAGCACAGGUGCAGUCAUGAGCACAGGUGCAGUCAUGAGCACAGGUGCAGUCAUGAGCACAGGUGCAGUCAUGAGCACAGGUGCAGUCAUGAGCACAGGUGCAGUCAUGAGCACAGGUGCAGUCAUGAGCACAGGUGCAGUCAUGAGCACAGGUGCAGUCAUGAGCACAGGUGCAGUCAUGAGCACAGGUGCAGUCAUGAGCACAGGUGCAGUCAUGAGCACAGGUGCAGUCAUGAGCACAGGUGCAGUCAUGAGCACAGGUGCAGUCAUGAGCACAGGUGCAGUCAUGAGCACAGGUGCAGUCAUGAGCACAGGUGCAGUCAUGAGCACAGGUGCAGUCAUGGGCACAGGUGCAGUCAUGAGCACAGGUGCAGUCAUGAGCACAGGUGCAGUCAUGGGCACAGGUGCAGUCAUGAGCACAGGUGCAGUCAUGAGCACAGGUGCAGUCAUGAGCACAGGUGCAGUCAUGAGCACAGGUGCAGUCAUGAGCACAGGUGCAGUCAUGGGCACAGGUGCAGUCAUGAGCACAGGUGCAGUCAUGAGCACAGGUGCAGUCAUGAGCACAGGUGCAGUCAUGAGCACAGGUGCAGUCAUGGGCACAGGUGCAGUCAUGAGCACAGGUGCAGUCAUGAGCACAGGUGCAGUCAUGGGCACAGGUGCAGUCAUGAGCACAGGUGCAGUCAUGAGCACAGGUGCAGUCAUGAGCACAGGUGCAGUCAUGAGCACAGGUGCAGUCAUGAGCACAGGUGCAGUCAUGAGCACAGGUGCAGUCAUGGGCACAGGUGCAGUCAUGGGCACAGGUGCAGUCAUGGGCACAGGUGCAGUCAUGGGCACAGGUGCAGUCAUGGGCACAGGUGCAGUCAUGGGCACAGGUGCAGUCAUGAGCACAGGUGCAGUCAUGAGCACAGGUGCAGUCAUGAGCACAGGUGCAGUCAUGAGCACAGGUGCAGUCAUGAGCACAGGUGCAGUCAUGGGCACAGGUGCAGUCAUGGGCACAGGUGCAGUCAUGGGCACAGGUGCAGUCAUGGGCACAGGUGCAGUCAUGGGCACAGGUGCAGUCAUGGGCACAGGUGCAGUCAUGAGCACAAGUGCAGUCAUGAGCACAGGUGCAGUCAUGAGCACAGGUGCAGUCAUGAGCACAGGUGCAGUCAUGAGCACAGGUGCAGUCAUGGGCACAGGUGCAGUCAUGGGCACAGGUGCAGUCAUGGGCACAGGUGCAGUCAUGGGCACAGGUGCAGUCAUGGGCACAGGUGCAGUCAUGGGCACAGGUGCAGUCAUGAGCACAGGUGCAGUCAUGAGCACAGGUGCAGUCAUGGGCACAGGUGCAGUCAUGGGCACAGGUGCAGUCAUGGGCACAGGUGCAGUCAUGAGCACAGGUGCAGUCAUGGGCACAGGUGCAGUCAUGGGCACAGGUGCAGUCAUGGGCACAGGUGCAGUCAUGAGCACAGGUGCAGUCAUGGGCACAGGUGCAGUCAUGGGCACAGGUGCAGUCAUGGGCACAGGUGCAGUCAUGGGCACAGGUGCAGUCAUGGGCACAGGUGCAGUCAUGGGCACAGGUGCAGUCAUGAGCACAGGUGCAGUCAUGGGCACAGGUGCAGUCAUGGGCACAGGUGCAGUCAUGGGCACAGGUGCAGUCAUGGGCACAGGUGCAGUCAUGGGCACAGGUGCAGUCAUGGGCACAGGUGCAGUCAUGGGCACAGGUGCAGUCAUGGGCACAGGUGCAGUCAUGGGCACAGGUGCAGUCAUGGGCACAGGUGCAGUCAUGGGCACAGGUGCAGUCAUGGGCACAGGUGCAGUCAUGGGCACAGGUGCAGUCAUGAGCACAGGUGCAGUCAUGAGCACAGGUGCAGUCAUGAGCACAGGUGCAGUCAUGGGCACAGGUGCAGUCAUGGGCACAGGUGCAGUCAUGGGCACAGGUGCAGUCAUGGGCACAGGUGCAGUCAUGGGCACAGGUGCAGUCAUGGGCACAGGUGCAGUCAUGAGCACAGGUGCAGUCAUGAGCACAGGUGCAGUCAUGAGCACAGGUGCAGUCAUGAGCACAGGUGCAGUCAUGGGCACAGGUGCAGUCAUGGGCACAGGUGCAGUCAUGGGCACAGGUGCAGUCAUGGGCACAGGUGCAGUCAUGGGCACAGGUGCAGUCAUGGGCACAGGUGCAGUCAUGGGCACAGGUGCAGUCAUGGGCACAGGUGCAGUCAUGGGCACAGGUGCAGUCAUGAGCACAGGUGCAGUCAUGAGCACAGGUGCAGUCAUGAGCACAGGUGCAGUCAUGGGCACAGGUGCAGUCAUGGGCACAGGUGCAGUCAUGGGCACAGGUGCAGUCAUGGGCACAGGUGCAGUCAUGGGCACAGGUGCAGUCAUGGGCACAGGUGCAGUCAUGGGCACAGGUGCAGUCAUGGGCACAGGUGCAGUCAUGACCACAGGUGCAGUCAUGAGCACAGGUGCAGUCAUGAGCACAGGUGCAGUCAUGGGCACAGGUGCAGUCAUGGGCACAGGUGCAGUCAUGGGCACAGGUGCAGUCAUGGGCACAGGUGCAGUCAUGGGCACAGGUGCAGUCAUGGGCACAGGUGCAGUCAUGGGCACAGGUGCAGUCAUGAGCACAGGUGCAGUCAUGAGCACAGGUGCAGUCAUGGGCACAGGUGCAGUCAUGGGCACAGGUGCAGUCAUGGGCACAGGUGCAGUCAUGAGCACAGGUGCAGUCAUGGGCACAGGUGCAGUCAUGGGCACAGGUGCAGUCAUGGGCACAGGUGCAGUCAUGAGCACAGGUGCAGUCAUGGGCACAGGUGCAGUCAUGGGCACAGGUGCAGUCAUGGGCACAGGUGCAGUCAUGGGCACAGGUGCAGUCAUGGGCACAGGUGCAGUCAUGGGCACAGGUGCAGUCAUGGGCACAGGUGCAGUCAUGGGCACAGGUGCAGUCAUGGGCACAGGUGCAGUCAUGGGCACAGGUGCAGUCAUGGGCACAGGUGCAGUCAUGGGCACAGGUGCAGUCAUGGGCACAGGUGCAGUCAUGGGCACAGGUGCAGUCAUGGGCACAGGUGCAGUCAUGGGCACAGGUGCAGUCAUGGGCACAGGUGCAGUCAUGGGCACAGGUGCAGUCAUGGGCACAGGUGCAGUCAUGGGCACAGGUGCAGUCAUGGGCACAGGUGCAGUCAUGGGCACAGGUGCAGUCAUGGGCACAGGUGCAGUCAUGGGCACAGGUGCAGUCAUGGGCACAGGUGCAGUCAUGGGCACAGGUGCAGUCAUGGGCACAGGUGCAGUCAUGGGCACAGGUGCAGUCAUGGGCACAGGUGCAGUCAUGGGCACAGGUGCAGUCAUGGGCACAGGUGCAGUCAUGGGCACAGGUGCAGUCAUGGGCACAGGUGCAGUCAUGGGCACAGGUGCAGUCAUGGGCACAGGUGCAGUCAUGGGCACAGGUGCAGUCAUGGGCACAGGUGCAGUCAUGGGCACAGGUGCAGUCAUGGGCACAGGUGCAGUCAUGGGCACAGGUGCAGUCAUGGGCACAGGUGCAGUCAUGGGCACAGGUGCAGUCAUGGGCACAGGUGCAGUCAUGGGCACAGGUGCAGUCAUGAGCACAGGUGCAGUCAUGGGCACAGGUGCAGUCAUGGGCACAGGUGCAGUCAUGAGCACAGGUGCAGUCAUGAGCACAGGUGCAGUCAUGAGCACAGGUGCAGUCAUGAGCACAGGUGCAGUCAUGAGCACAGGUGCAGUCAUGAGCACAGGUGCAGUCAUGAGCACAGGUGCAGUCAUGGGCACAGGUGCAGUCAUGGGCACAGGUGCAGUCAUGGGCACAGGUGCAGUCAUGGGCACAGGUGCAGUCAUGGGCACAGGUGCAGUCAUGGGCACAGGUGCAGUCAUGAGCACAGGUGCAGUCAUGAGCACAGGUGCAGUCAUGGGCACAGGUGCAGUCAUGGGCACAGGUGCAGUCAUGGGCACAGGUGCAGUCAUGAGCACAGGUGCAGUCAUGGGCACAGGUGCAGUCAUGGGCACAGGUGCAGUCAUGGGCACAGGUGCAGUCAUGAGCACAGGUGCAGUCAUGGGCACAGGUGCAGUCAUGGGCACAGGUGCAGUCAUGGGCACAGGUGCAGUCAUGGGCACAGGUGCAGUCAUGGGCACAGGUGCAGUCAUGGGCACAGGUGCAGUCAUGAGCACAGGUGCAGUCAUGGGCACAGGUGCAGUCAUGGGCACAGGUGCAGUCAUGGGCACAGGUGCAGUCAUGGGCACAGGUGCAGUCAUGGGCACAGGUGCAGUCAUGGGCACAGGUGCAGUCAUGGGCACAGGUGCAGUCAUGGGCACAGGUGCAGUCAUGGGCACAGGUGCAGUCAUGGGCACAGGUGCAGUCAUGGGCACAGGUGCAGUCAUGGGCACAGGUGCAGUCAUGGGCACAGGUGCAGUCAUGGGCACAGGUGCAGUCAUGGGCACAGGUGCAGUCAUGGGCACAGGUGCAGUCAUGAGCACAGGUGCAGUCAUGGGCACAGGUGCAGUCAUGGGCACAGGUGCAGUCAUGGGCACAGGUGCAGUCAUGGGCACAGGUGCAGUCAUGGGCACAGGUGCAGUCAUGGGCACAGGUGCAGUCAUGGGCACAGGUGCAGUCAUGGGCACAGGUGCAGUCAUGGGCACAGGUGCAGUCAUGGGCACAGGUGCAGUCAUGGGCACAGGUGCAGUCAUGGGCACAGGUGCAGUCAUGAGCACAGGUGCAGUCAUGGGCACAGGUGCAGUCAUGGGCACAGGUGCAGUCAUGGGCACAUGUGCAGUCAUGGGCACAGGUGCAGUCAUGGGCACAGGUGCAGUCAUGGGCACAGGUGCAGUCAUGGGCACAGGUGCAGUCAUGGGCACAGGUGCAGUCAUGAGCACAUGGGCACAGGUGCAGUCAUGGGCACAGGUGCAGUCAUGGGCACAGGUGCAGUCAUGGGCACAGGUGCAGUCAUGGGCACAGGUGCAGUCAUGGGCCAGGUGCAGUCAUGGGCACAGGUGCAGUCAUGGGCACAGGUGCAGUCAUGGGCACAGGUUGCAGUCAUGGGCACAGGUGCAGUCAUGGGCACAGGGUGCAGUCAUGGGCACAGGUGCAGUCAUGGGCACAGGUGCAGUCAUGGGCACAGGUGCAGUCAUGGGCACAGGUGCAGUCAUGGCACAGGUGCAGUCAUGGGCACAGGUGCAGUCAUGGGCACAGGUUGCAGUCAUGGGCACAGGUGCAGUCAUGGGCACAGGUGCAGUCAUGGGCACAGGUGCAGUCAUGGGCACAGGUGCAGUCAUGGGCACAGGUGCAGUCAUGGGCACAGGUGCAGUCAUGGGCACAGGUGCAGUCAUGGGCACAGGUGCAGUCAUGGGCACAGGUGCAGUCAUGGGCACAGGUGCAGUCAUGGGCACAGGUGCAGUCAUGGGCACAGGUGCAGUCAUGGGCACAGGUGCAGUCAUGGGCACAGGUGCAGUCAUGGGCACAGGUGCAGUCAUGGGCACAGGUGCAGUCAUGGGCACAGGUGCAGUCAUGGGCACAGGUGCAGUCAUGGGCACAGGUGCAGUCAUGGGCACAGGUGCAGUCAUGGGCACAGGUGCAGUCAUGGGCACAGGUGCAGUCAUGGGCACAGGUGCAGUCAUGGGCACAGGUGCAGUCAUGGGCACAGGUGCAGUCAUGGGCACAGGUGCAGUCAUGGGCACAGGUGCAGUCAUGGGCACAGGUGCAGUCAUGGGCACAGGUGCAGUCAUGGGCACAGGUGCAGUCAUGGGCACAGGUGCAGUCAUGGGCACAGGUGCAGUCAUGGGCACAGGUGCAGUCAUGGGCACAGGUGCAGUCAUGGGCACAGGUGCAGUCAUGGGCACAGGUGCAGUCAUGGGCACAGGUGCAGUCAUGGGCACAGGUGCAGUCAUGGGCACAGGUGCAGUCAUGGGCACAGGUGCAGUCAUGGGCACAGGUGCAGUCAUGGGCACAGGUGCAGUCAUGGGCACAGGUGCAGUCAUGGGCACAGGUGCAGUCAUGGGCACAGGUGCAGUCAUGGGCACAGGUGCAGUCAUGGGCACAGGUGCAGUCAUGGGCACAGGUGCAGUCAUGGGCACAGGUGCAGUCAUGGGCACAGGUGCAGUCAUGGGCACAGGUGCAGUCAUGGGCACAGGUGCAGUCAUGGGCACAGGUGCAGUCAUGGGCACAGGUGCAGUCAUGGGCACAGGUGCAGUCAUGGGCACAGGUGCAGUCAUGGGCACAGGUGCAGUCAUGGGCACAGGUGCAGUCAUGGGCACAGGUGCAGUCAUGGGCACAGGUGCAGUCAUGGGCACAGGUGCAGUCAUGGGCACAGGUGCAGUCAUGGGCACAGGUGCAGUCAUGGGCACAGGUGCAGUCAUGGGCACAGGUGCAGUCAUGGGCACAGGUGCAGUCAUGGGCACAGGUGCAGUCAUGGGCACAGGUGCAGUCAUGGGCACAGGUGCAGUCAUGGGCACAGGUGCAGUCAUGGGCACAGGUGCAGUCAUGGGCACAGGUGCAGUCAUGGGCACAGGUGCAGUCAUGGGCACAGGUGCAGUCAUGGGCACAGGUGCAGUCAUGGGCACAGGUGCAGUCAUGGGCACAGGUGCAGUCAUGGGCACAGGUGCAGUCAUGGGCACAGGUGCAGUCAUGGGCACAGGUGCAGUCAUGGGCACAGGUGCAGUCAUGGGCACAGGUGCAGUCAUGGGCACAGGUGCAGUCAUGGGCACAGGUGCAGUCAUGGGCACAGGUGCAGUCAUGGGCACAGGUGCAGUCAUGGGCACAGGUGCAGUCAUGGGCACAGGUGCAGUCAUGGGCACAGGUGCAGUCAUGGGCACAGGUGCAGUCAUGGGCACAGGUGCAGUCAUGGGCACAGGUGCAGUCAUGGGCACAGGUGCAGUCAUGAGCACAGGUGCAGUCAUGGGCACAGGUGCAGUCAUGGGCACAGGUGCAGUCAUGAGCACAGGUGCAGUCAUGGGCACAGGUGCAGUCAUGGGCACAGGUGCAGUCAUGGGCACAGGUGCAGUCAUGGGCACAGGUGCAGUCAUGGGCACAGGUGCAGUCAUGAGCACAGGUGCAGUCAUGGGCACAGGUGCAGUCAUGGGCACAGGUGCAGUCAUGGGCACAGGUGCAGUCAUGAGCACAGGUGCAGUCAUGGGCACAGGUGCAGUCAUGGGCACAGGUGCAGUCAUGAGCACAGGUGCAGUCAUGGGCACAGGUGCAGUCAUGGGCACAGGUGCAGUCAUGAGCACAGGUGCAGUCAUGGGCACAGGUGCAGUCAUGGGCACAGGUGCAGUCAUGGGCACAGGUGCAGUCAUGGGCACAGGUGCAGUCAUGAGCACAGGUGCAGUCAUGGGCACAGGUGCAGUCAUGGGCACAGGUGCAGUCAUGGGCACAGGUGCAGUCAUGGGCACAGGUGCAGUCAUGGGCACAGGUGCAGUCAUGGGCACAGGUGCAGUCAUGAGCACAGGUGCAGUCAUGGGCACAGGUGCAGUCAUGGGCACAGGUGCAGUCAUGAGCACAGGUGCAGUCAUGGGCACAGGUGAAGUCAUGGGCACAGGUGCAGUCAUGAGCACAGGUGCAGUCAUGGGCACAGGUGCAGUCAUGAGCACAGGUGCAGUCAUGGGCACAGGUGCAGUCAUGAGCACAGGUGCAGUCAUGAGCACAGGUGCAGUCAUGGGCACAGGUGCAGUCAUGGGCACAGGUGCAGUCAUGGGCACAGGUGCAGUCAUGGGCACAGGUGCAGUCAUGAGCACAGGUGCAGUCAUGGGCACAGGUGCAGUCAUGGGCACAGGUGCAGUCAUGAGCACAGGUGCAGUCAUGGGCACAGGUGCAGUCAUGAGCACAGGUGCAGUCAUGAGCACAGGUGCAGUCAUGGGCACAGGUGCAGUCAUGGGCACAGGUGCAGUCAUGAGCACAGGUGCAGUCAUGGGCACAGGUGCAGUCAUGGGCACAGGUGCAGUCAUGAGCACAGGUGCAGUCAUGGGCACAGGUGCAGUCAUGGGCACAGGUGCAGUCAUGGGCACAGGUGCAGUCAUGGGCACAGGUGCAGUCAUGGGCACAGGUGCAGUCAUGGGCACAGGUGCAGUCAUGGGCACAGGUGCAGUCAUGGGCACAGGUGCAGUCAUGAGCACAGGUGCAGUCAUGAGCACAGGUGCAGUCAUGAGCACAGGUGCAGUCAUGAGCACAGGUGCAGUCAUGAGCACAGGUGCAGUCAUGGGCACAGGUGCAGUCAUGGGCACAGGUGCAGUCAUGGGCACAGGUGCAGUCAUGGGCACAGGUGCAGUCAUGGGCACAGGUGCAGUCAUGGGCACAGGUGCAGUCAUGGGCACAGGUGCAGUCAUGGGCACAGGUGCAGUCAUGGGCACAGGUGCAGUCAUGGGCACAGGUGCAGUCAUGGGCACAGGUGCAGUCAUGGGCACAGGUGCAGUCAUGGGCACAGGUGCAGUCAUGGGCACAGGUGCAGUCAUGGGCACAGGUGCAGUCAUGGGCACAGGUGCAGUCAUGGGCACAGGUGCAGUCAUGGGCACAGGUGCAGUCAUGGGCACAGGUGCAGUCAUGGGCACAGGUGCAGUCAUGGGCACAGGUGCAGUCAUGGGCACAGGUGCAGUCAUGGGCACAGGUGCAGUCAUGGGCACAGGUGCAGUCAUGGGCACAGGUGCAGUCAUGGGCACAGGUGCAGUCAUGGGCACAGGUGCAGUCAUGGGCACAGGUGCAGUCAUGGGCACAGGUGCAGUCAUGGGCACAGGUGCAGUCAUGAGCACAGGUGCAGUCAUGGGCACAGGUGCAGUCAUGGGCACAGGUGCAGUCAUGAGCACAGGUGCAGUCAUGGGCACAGGUGCAGUCAUGGGCACAGGUGCAGUCAUGGGCACAGGUGCAGUCAUGGGCACAGGUGCAGUCAUGAGCACAGGUGCAGUCAUGGGCACAGGUGCAGUCAUGGGCACAGGUGCAGUCAUGGGCACAGGUGCAGUCAUGGGCACAGGUGCAGUCAUGGGCACAGGUGCAGUCAUGAGCACAGGUGCAGUCAUGGGCACAGGUGCAGUCAUGGGCACAGGUGCAGUCAUGGGCACAGGUGCAGUCAUGAGCACAGGUGCAGUCAUGGGCACAGGUGCAGUCAUGGGCACAGGUGCAGUCAUGAGCACAGGUGCAGUCAUGGGCACAGGUGCAGUCAUGGGCACAGGUGCAGUCAUGAGCACAGGUGCAGUCAUGGGCACAGGUGCAGUCAUGGGCACAGGUGCAGUCAUGGGCACAGGUGCAGUCAUGGGCACAGGUGCAGUCAUGAGCACAGGUGCAGUCAUGGGCACAGGUGCAGUCAUGGGCACAGGUGCAGUCAUGGGCACAGGUGCAGUCAUGGGCACAGGUGCAGUCAUGGGCACAUGUGCAGUCAUGGGCACAGGUGCAGUCAUGAGCACAGGUGCAGUCAUGGGCACAGGUGCAGUCAUGGGCACAGGUGCAGUCAUGAGCACAGGUGCAGUCAUGGGCACAGGUGCAGUCAUGGGCACAGGUGCAGUCAUGAGCACAGGUGCAGUCAUGAGCACAGGUGCAGUCAUGAGCACAGGUGCAGUCAUGAGCACAGGUGCAGUCAUGAGCACAGGUGCAGUCAUGGGCACAGGUGCAGUCAUGGGCACAGGUGCAGUCAUGAGCACAGGUGCAGUCAUGAGCACAGGUGCAGUCAUGGGCACAGGUGCAGUCAUGGGCACAGGUGCAGUCAUGAGCACAGGUGCAGUCAUGGGCACAGGUGCAGUCAUGGGCACAGGUGCAGUCAUGAGCACAGGUGCAGUCAUGGGCACAGGUGCAGUCAUGGGCACAGGUGCAGUCAUGGGCACAGGUGCAGUCAUGGGCACAGGUGCAGUCAUGGGCACAGGUGCAGUCAUGGGCACAGGUGCAGUCAUGGGCACAGGUGCAGUCAUGGGCACAGGUGCAGUCAUGAGCACAGGUGCAGUCAUGAGCACAGGUGCAGUCAUGAGCACAGGUGCAGUCAUGAGCACAGGUGCAGUCAUGAGCACAGGUGCAGUCAUGAGCACAGGUGCAGUCAUGAGCACAGGUGCAGUCAUGGGCACAGGUGCAGUCAUGGGCACAGGUGCAGUCAUGGGCACAGGUGCAGUCAUGGGCACAGGUGCAGUCAUGGGCACAGGUGCAGUCAUGGGCACAGGUGCAGUCAUGGGCACAGGUGCAGUCAUGGGCACAGGUGCAGUCAUGGGCACAGGUGCAGUCAUGGGCACAGGUGCAGUCAUGGGCACAGGUGCAGUCAUGGGCAAUGCAGUCAUGGGCACAGGUGCAGUCAUGGGCACAGGUGCAGUCAUGGGCACAGGUGCAGUCAUGGGCACAGGUGCAGUCAUGGGCACAGGUGCAGUCAUGGGCACAGGUGCAGUCAUGGGCACAGGUGCAGUCAUGGGCACAGGUGCAGUCAUGGGCACAGGUGCAGUCAUGGGCACAGGUGCAGUCAUGGGCACAGGUGCAGUCAUGGGCACAGGUGCAGUCAUGGGCACAGGUGCAGUCAUGGGCACAGGUGCAGUCAUGGGCACAGGUGCAGUCAUGGGCACAGGUGCAGUCAUGGGCACAGGUGCAGUCAUGGGCACAGGUGCAGUCAUGGGCACAGGUGCAGUCAUGGGCACAGGUGCAGUCAUGGGCACAGGUGCAGUCAUGAGCACAGGUGCAGUCAUGGGCACAGGUGCAGUCAUGGGCACAGGUGCAGUCAUGAGCACAGGUGCAGUCAUGGGCACAGGUGCAGUCAUGGGCACAGGUGCAGUCAUGGGCACAGGUGCAGUCAUGAGCACAGGUGCAGUCAUGGGCACAGGUGCAGUCAUGGGCACAGGUGCAGUCAUGGGCACAGGUGCAGUCAUGGGCACAGGUGCAGUCAUGGGCACAGGUGCAGUCAUGGGCACAGGUGCAGUCAUGAGCACAGGUGCAGUCAUGGGCACAGGUGCAGUCAUGGGCACAGGUGCAGUCAUGGGCACAGGUGCAGUCAUGGGCACAGGUGCAGUCAUGAGCACAGGUGCAGUCAUGGGCACAGGUGCAGUCAUGGGCACAGGUGCAGUCAUGAGCACAGGUGCAGUCAUGGGCACAGGUGCAGUCAUGGGCACAGGUGCAGUCAUGAGCACAGGUGCAGUCAUGGGCACAGGUGCAGUCAUGGGCACAGGUGCAGUCAUGGGCACAGGUGCAGUCAUGGGCACAGGUGCAGUCAUGAGCACAGGUGCAGUCAUGGGCACAGGUGCAGUCAUGGGCACAGGUGCAGUCAUGGGCACAGGUGCAGUCAUGGGCACAGGUGCAGUCAUGGGCACAUGUGCAGUCAUGGGCACAGGUGCAGUCAUGAGCACAGGUGCAGUCAUGGGCACAGGUGCAGUCAUGGGCACAGGUGCAGUCAUGAGCACAGGUGCAGUCAUGGGCACAGGUGCAGUCAUGGGCACAGGUGCAGUCAUGAGCACAGGUGCAGUCAUGGGCACAGGUGCAGUCAUGAGCACAGGUGCAGUCAUGGGCAGAGGUGCAGUCAUGAGCACAGGUGCAGUCAUGAGCACAGGUGCAGUCAUGGGCACAGGUGCAGUCAUGGGCACAGGUGCAGUCAUGGGCACAGGUGCAGUCAUGGGCACAGGUGCAGUCAUGGGCACAGGUGCAGUCAUGAGCACAGGUGCAGUCAUGGGCACAGGUGCAGUCAUGGGCACAGGUGCAGUCAUGAGCACAGGUGCAGUCAUGGGCACAGGUGCAGUCAUGAGCACAGGUGCAGUCAUGAGCACAGGUGCAGUCAUGGGCACAGGUGCAGUCAUGGGCACAGGUGCAGUCAUGAGCACAGGUGCAGUCAUGGGCACAGGUGCAGUCAUGGGCACAGGUGCAGUCAUGAGCACAGGUGCAGUCAUGGGCACAGGUGCAGUCAUGGGCACAGGUGCAGUCAUGGGCACAGGUGCAGUCAUGGGCACAGGUGCAGUCAUGGGCACAGGUGCAGUCAUGGGCACAGGUGCAGUCAUGGGCACAGGUGCAGUCAUGGGCACAGGUGCAGUCAUGAGCACAGGUGCAGUCAUGAGCACAGGUGCAGUCAUGAGCACAGGUGCAGUCAUGAGCACAGGUGCAGUCAUGAGCACAGGUGCAGUCAUGAGCACAGGUGCAGUCAUGAGCACAGGUGCAGUCAUGAGCACAGGUGCAGUCAUGAGCACAGGUGCAGUCAUGAGCACAGGUGCAGUCAUGAGCACAGGUGCAGUCAUGAGCACAGGUGCAGUCAUGAGCACAGGUGCAGUCAUGAGCACAGGUGCAGUCAUGGGCACAGGUGCAGUCAUGAGCACAGGUGCAGUCAUGAGCACAGGUGCAGUCAUGAGCACAGGUGCAGUCAUGGGCACAGGUGCAGUCAUGGGCACAGGUGCAGUCAUGAGCACAGGUGCAGUCAUGGGCACAGGUGCAGUCAUGGGCACAGGUGCAGUCAUGAGCACAGGUGCAGUCAUGGGCACAGGUGCAGUCAUGGGCACAGGUGCAGUCAUGGGCACAGGUGCAGUCAUGGGCACAGGUGCAGUCAUGGGCACAGGUGCAGUCAUGGGCACAGGUGCAGUCAUGGGCACAGGUGCAGUCAUGGGCACAGGUGCAGUCAUGAGCACAGGUGCAGUCAUGAGCACAGGUGCAGUCAUGAGCACAGGUGCAGUCAUGAGCACAGGUGCAGUCAUGAGCACAGGUGCAGUCAUGAGCACAGGUGCAGUCAUGAGCACAGGUGCAGUCAUGAGCACAGGUGCAGUCAUGAGCACAGGUGCAGUCAUGGGCACAGGUGCAGUCAUGAGCACAGGUGCAGUCAUGGGCACAGGUGCAGUCAUGAGCACAGGUGCAGUCAUGAGCACAGGUGCAGUCAUGGGCACAGGUGCAGUCAUGGGCACAGGUGCAGUCAUGAGCACAGGUGCAGUCAUGAGCACAGGUGCAGUCAUGAGCACAGGUGCAGUCAUGGGCACAGGUGCAGUCAUGGGCACAGGUGCAGUCAUGAGCACAGGUGCAGUCAUGGGCACAGGUGCAGUCAUGGGCACAGGUGCAGUCAUGAGCACAGGUGCAGUCAUGGGCACAGGUGCAGUCAUGGGCACAGGUGCAGUCAUGGGCACAGGUGCAGUCAUGGGCACAGGUGCAGUCAUGGGCACAGGUGCAGUCAUGGGCACAGGUGCAGUCAUGGGCACAGGUGCAGUCAUGAGCACAGGUGCAGUCAUGAGCACAGGUGCAGUAAUGAGCACAGGUGCAGUCAUGAGCACAGGUGCAGUCAUGAGCACAGGUGCAGUCAUGAGCACAGGUGCAGUCAUGAGCACAGGUGCAGUCAUGAGCACAGGUGCAGUCAUGAGCACAGGUGCAGUCAUGAGCACAGGUGCAGUCAUGAGCACAGGUGCAGUCAUGAGCACAGGUGCAGUCAUGGGCACAGGUGCAGUCAUGAGCACAGGUGCAGUCAUGGGCACAGGUGCAUUCAUGAGCACAGGUGCAGUCAUGAGCACAGGUGCAGUCAUGGGCACAGGUGCAGUCAUGGGCACAGGUGCAGUCAUGAGCACAGGUGCAGUCAUGAGCACAGGUGCAGUCAUGAGCACAGGUGCAGUCAUGGGCACAGGUGCAGUCAUGGGCACAGGUGCAGUCAUGAGCACAGGUGCAGUCAUGGGCACAGGUGCAGUCAUGGGCACAGGUGCAGUCAUGAGCACAGGUGCAGUCAUGGGCACAGGUGCAGUCAUGGGCACAGGUGCAGUCAUGGGCACAGGUGCAGUCAUGGGCACAGGUGCAGUCAUGGGCACAGGUGCAGUCAUGGGCACAGGUGCAGUCAUGGGCACAGGUGCAGUCAUGGGCACAGGUGCAGUCAUGGGCACAGGUGCAGUCAUGAGCACAGGUGCAGUCAUGAGCACAGGUGCAGUCAUGAGCACAGGUGCAGUCAUGAGCACAGGUGCAGUCAUGAGCACAGGUGCAGUCAUGAGCACAGGUGCAGUCAUGAGCACAGGUGCAGUCAUGAGCACAGGUGCAGUCAUGAGCACAGGUGCAGUCAUGGGCACAGGUGCAGUCAUGAGCACAGGUGCAGUCAUGAGCACAGGUGCAGUCAUGAGCACAGGUGCAGUCAUGAGCACAGGUGCAGUCAUGGGCACAGGUGCAGUCAUGGGCACAGGUGCAGUCAUGGGCACAGGUGCAGUCAUGAGCACAGGUGCAGUCAUGAGCACAGGUGCAGUCAUGAGCACAGGUGCAGUCAUGAGCACAGGUGCAGUCAUGAGCACAGGUGCAGUCAUGAGCACAGGUGCAGUCAUGAGCACAGGUGCAGUCAUGAGCACAGGUGCAGUCAUGAGCACAGGUGCAGUCAUGAGCACAGGUGCAGUCAUGAGCACAGGUGCAGUCAUGAGCACAGGUGCAGUCAUGAGCACAGGUGCAGUCAUGAGCACAGGUGCAGUCAUGAGCACAGGUGCAGUCAUGAGCACAGGUGCAGUCAUGAGCACAGGUGCAGUCAUGAGCACAGGUGCAGUCAUGAGCACAGGUGCAGUCAUGAGCACAGGUGCAGUCAUGAGCACAGGUGCAGUCAUGAGCACAGGUGCAGUCAUGGGCACAGGUGCAGUCAUGAGCACAGGUGCAGUCAUGGGCACAGGUGCAUUCAUGAGCACAGGUGCAGUCAUGAGCACAGGUGCAGUCAUGGGCACAGGUGCAGUCAUGGGCACAGGUGCAGUCAUGAGCACAGGUGCAGUCAUGAGCACAGGUGCAGUCAUGAGCACAGGUGCAGUCAUGGGCACAGGUGCAGUCAUGGGCACAGGUGCAGUCAUGAGCACAGGUGCAGUCAUGGGCACAGGUGCAGUCAUGGGCACAGGUGCAGUCAUGAGCACAGGUGCAGUCAUGGGCACAGGUGCAGUCAUGGGCACAGGUGCAGUCAUGGGCACAGGUGCAGUCAUGGGCACAGGUGCAGUCAUGGGCACAGGUGCAGUCAUGGGCACAGGUGCAGUCAUGGGCACAGGUGCAGUCAUGGGCACAGGUGCAGUCAUGAGCACAGGUGCAGUCAUGAGCACAGGUGCAGUCAUGAGCACAGGUGCAGUCAUGAGCACAGGUGCAGUCAUGAGCACAGGUGCAGUCAUGAGCACAGGUGCAGUCAUGAGCACAGGUGCAGUCAUGAGCACAGGUGCAGUCAUGAGCACAGGUGCAGUCAUGGGCACAGGUGCAGUCAUGAGCACAGGUGCAGUCAUGAGCACAGGUGCAGUCAUGAGCACAGGUGCAGUCAUGAGCACACGUGCAGUCAUGGGCACAGGUGCAGUCAUGGGCACAGGUGCAGUCAUGGGCACAGGUGCAGUCAUGAGCACAGGUGCAGUCAUGAGCACAGGUGCAGUCAUGAGCACAGGUGCAGUCAUGAGCACAGGUGCAGUCAUGAGCACAGGUGCAGUCAUGAGACAGGUGCAAGUCAUGAGCACAGGUGCAGUCAUGAGCACAGGUGCAGUCAUGAGCACAGGUGCAGUCAUGAGCACAGGUGCAGUCAUGAGCACAGGUGCAGUCAUGAGCACAGGUGCAGUCAUGAGCACAGGUGCAGUCAUGAGCACAGGUGCAGUCAUGAGCACAGGUGCAGUCAUGAGCACAGGUGCAGUCAUGAGCACAGGUGCAGUCAUGAGCACAGGUGCAGUCAUGAGCACAGGUGCAGUCAUGAGCACAGGUGCAGUCAUGAGCACAGGUGCAGUCAUGAGCACAGGUGCAGUCAUGAGCACAGGUGCAGUCAUGAGCACAGGUGCAGUCAUGAGCACAGGUGCAGUCAUGAGCACAGGUGCAGUCAUGAGCACAGGUGCAGUCAUGAGCACAGGUGCAGUCAUGAGCACAGGUGCAGUCAUGAGCACAGGUGCAGUCAUGAGCACAGGUGCAGUCAUGAGCACAGGUGCAGUCAUGAGCACAGGUGCAGUCAUGAGCACAGGUGCAGUCAUGAGCACAGGUGCAGUCAUGAGCACAGGUGCAGUCAUGAGCACAGGUGCAGUCAUGAGCACAGCAGGUGCAGUCAUGAGCACAGGUGCAGUCAUGAGCACAGGUGCAGUCAUGAGCACAGGUGCAGUCAUGAGCACAGGUGCAGUCAUGAGCACAGGUGCAGUCAUGAGCACAGGUGCAGUCAUGAGCACAGGUGCAGUCAUGAGCACAGGUGCAGUCAUGAGCACAGGUGCAGUCAUGAGCACAGGUGCAGUCAUGAGCACAGGUGCAGUCAUGAGCACAGGUGCAGUCAUGAGCACAGGUGCAGUCAUGAGCACAGGUGCAGUCAUGAGCACAGGUGCAGUCAUGGGCACAGGUGCAGUCAUGGGCACAGGUGCAGUCAUGGGCACAGGUGCAGUCAUGGGCACAGGUGCAGUCAUGGGCACAGGUGCAGUCAUGAGCACAGGUGCAGUCAUGAGCACAGGUGCAGUCAUGAGCACAGGUGCAGUCAUGAGCACAGGUGCAGUCAUGAGCACAGGUGCAGUCAUGAGCACAGGUGCAGUCAUGAGCACAGGUGCAGUCAUGAGCACAGGUGCAGUCAUGGGCACAGGUGCAGUCAUGGGCACAGGUGCAGUCAUGGGCACAGGUGCAGUCAUGGGCACAGGUGCAGUCAUGGGCACAGGUGCAGUCAUGAGCACAGGUGCAGUCAUGAGCACAGGUGCAGUCAUGAGCACAGGUGCAGUCAUGAGCACAGGUGCAGUCAUGAGCACAGGUGCAGUCAUGAGCACAGGUGCAGUCAUGAGCACAGGUGCAGUCAUGAGCACAGGUGCAGUCAUGAGCACAGGUGCAGUCAUGAGCACAGGUGCAGUCAUGAGCACAGGUGCAGUCAUGGGCACAGGUGCAGUCAUGAGCACAGGUGCAGUCAUGAGCACAGGUGCAGUCAUGAGCACAGGUGCAGUCAUGGGCACAGGUGCAGUCAUGGGCACAGGUGCAGUCAUGAGCACAGGUGCAGUCAUGGGCACAGGUGCAGUCAUGGGCACAGGUGCAGUCAUGAGCACAGGUGCAGUCAUGGGCACAGGUGCAGUCAUGGGCACAGGUGCAGUCAUGGGCACAGGUGCAGUCAUGGGCACAGGUGCAGUCAUGGGCACAGGUGCAGUCAUGGGCACAGGUGCAGUCAUGGGCACAGGUGCAGUCAUGAGCACAGGUGCAGUCAUGAGCACAGGUGCAGUCAUGAGCACAGGUGCAGUCAUGAGCACAGGUGCAGUCAUGAGCACAGGUGCAGUCAUGAGCACAGGUGUAGUCAUGAGCACAGGUGCAGUCAUGAGCACAGGUGCAGUCAUGAGCACAGGUGCAGUCAUGAGCACAGGUGCAGUCAUGGGCACAGGUGCAGUCAUGAGCACAGGUGCAGUCAUGGGCACAGGUGCAGUCAUGAGCACAGGUGCAGUCAUGAGCACAGGUGCAGUCAUGGGCACAGGUGCAGUCAUGGGCACAGGUGCAGUCAUGAGCACAGGUGCAGUCAUGAGCACAGGUGCAGUCAUGAGCACAGGUGCAGUCAUGGGCACAGGUGCAGUCAUGGGCACAGGUGCAGUCAUGGGCACAGGUGCAGUCAUGAGCACAGGUGCAGUCAUGGGCACAGGUGCAGUCAUGGGCACAGGUGCAGUCAUGAGCACAGGUGCAGUCAUGGGCACAGGUGCAGUCAUGGGCACAGGUGCAGUCAUGGGCACAGGUGCAGUCAUGGGCACAGGUGCAGUCAUGGGCACAGGUGCAGUCAUGGGCACAGGUGCAGUCAUGAGCACAGGUGCAGUCAUGAGCACAGGUGCAGUCAUGAGCACAGGUGCAGUCAUGAGCACAGGUGCAGUCAUGAGCACAGGUGCAGUCAUGAGCACAGGUGCAGUCAUGAGCACAGGUGCAGUCAUGAGCACAGGUGCAGUCAUGAGCACAGGUGCAGUCAUGAGCACAGGUGCAGUCAUGAGCACAGGUGCAGUCAUGGGCACAGGUGCAGUCAUGAGCACAGGUGCAGUCAUGGGCACAGGUGCAUUCAUGAGCACAGGUGCAGUCAUGAGCACAGGUGCAGUCAUGAGCACAGGUGCAGUCAUGGGCACAGGUGCAGUCAUGAGCACAGGUGCAGUCAUGAGCACAGGUGCAGUCAUGAGCACAGGUGCAGUCAUGAGCACAGGUGCAGUCAUGGGCACAGGUGCAGUCAUGGGCACAGGUGCAGUCAUGAGCACAGGUGCAGUCAUGGGCACAGGUGCAGUCAUGGGCACAGGUGCAGUCAUGAGCACAGGUGCAGUCAUGGGCACAGGUGCAGUCAUGGGCACAGGUGCAGUCAUGGGCACAGGUGCAGUCAUGGGCACAGGUGCAGUCAUGGGCACAGGUGCAGUCAUGGGCACAGGUGCAGUCAUGGGCACAGGUGCAGUCAUGGGCACAGGUGCAGUCAUGAGCACAGGUGCAGUCAUGAGCACAGGUGCAGUCAUGAGCACAGGUGCAGUCAUGAGCACAGGUGCAGUCAUGAGCACAGGUGCAGUCAUGAGCACAGGUGCAGUCAUGAGCACAGGUGCAGUCAUGAGCACAGGUGCAGUCAUGGGCACAGGUGCAGUCAUGGAGCACAGGUGCAGUCAUGAGCACAGGUGCAGUCAUGAGCACAGGUGCAGUCAUGAGCACAGGACAGGUGCAGUCAUGAGCACAGGUGCAGUCAUGAGCACAGGUGCAGUCAUGAGCACAGGUGCAGUCAUGAGCACAGGUGCAGUCAUGAGCACAGGUGCAGUCAUGAGCACAGGUGCAGUCAUGAGCACAGGUGCAGUCAUGAGCACAGGUGCAGUCAUGAGCACAGGUGCAGUCAUGAGCACAGGUGCAGUCAUGAGCACAGGUGCAGUCAUGAGCACAGGUGCAGUCAUGAGCACAGGUGCAGUCAUGAGCACAGGUGCAGUCAUGAGCACAGGUGCAGUCAUGAGCACAGGUGCAGUCAUGAGCACAGGUGCAGUCAUGAGCACAGGUGCAGUCAUGAGCACAGGUGCAGUCAUGAGCACAGGUGCAGUCAUGAGCACAGUGCAGUCAUCAGGUGCAGUCAUGAGCACAGGUGCAGUCAUGAGCACAGGUGCAGUCAUGAGCACAGGUGCAGUCAUGAGCACAGGUGCAGUCAUGAGCACAGGUGCAGUCAUGAGCACAGGUGCAGUCAUGAGCACAGGUGCAGUCAUGAGCACAGGUGCAGUCAUGAGCACAGGUGCAGUCAUGAGCACAGGUGCAGUCAUGAGCACAGGUGCAGUCAUGAGCACAGGUGCAGUCAUGAGCACAGGUGCAGUCAUGAGCACAGGUGCAGUCAUGAGCACAGGUGCAGUCAUGAGCACAGGUGCAGUCAUGAGCACAGGUGCAGUCAUGAGCACAGGUGCAGUCAUGAGCACAGGUGCAGUCAUGAGCACAGGUGCAGUCAUGAGCACAGGUGCAGUCAUGAGCACAGGUGCAGUCAUGAGCACAGGUGCAGUCAUGAGCACAGGUGCAGUCAUGAGCACAGGUGCAGUCAUGAGCACAGGUGCAGUCAUGAGCACAGGUGCAGUCAUGAGCACAGGUGCAGUCAUGAGCACAGGUGCAGUCAUGAGCACAGGUGCAGUCAUGAGCACAGGUGCAGUCAUGAGCACAGGUGCAGUCAUGAGCACAGGUGCAGUCAUGAGCACAGGUGCAGUCAUGAGCACAGGUGCAGUCAUGAGCACAGGUGCAGUCAUGAGCACAGGUGCAGUCAUGAGCACAGGUGCAGUCAUGAGCACAGGUGCAGUCAUGAGCACAGGUGCAGUCAUGGGCACAGGUGCAGUCAUGGGCACAGGUGCAGUCAUGGGCACAGGUGCAGUCAUGGGCACAGGUGCAGUCAUGGGCACAGGUGCAGUCAUGGGCACAGGUGCAGUCAUGGGCACAGGUGCAGUCAUGGGCACAGGUGCAGUCAUGGGCACAGGUGCAGUCAUGGGCACAGGUGCAGUCAUGGGCACAGGUGCAGUCAUGGGCACAGGUGCAGUCAUGGGCACAGGUGCAGUCAUGGGCACAGGUGCAGUCAUGGGCACAGGUGCAGUCAUGGGCACAGGUGCAGUCAUGGGCACAGGUGCAGUCAUGGGCACAGGUGCAGUCAUGGGCACAGGUGCAGUCAUGGGCACAGGUGCAGUCAUGGGCACAGGUGCAGUCAUGGGCACAGGUGCAGUCAUUGGCACAGGUGCAGUCAUGGGCACAGGUGCAGUCAUGGGCACAGGUGCAGUCAUGAGCACAGGUGCAGUCAUGGGCACAGGUGCAGUCAUGGGCACAGGUGCAGUCAUGGGCACAGGUGCAGUCAUGGGCACAGGUGCAGUCAUGGGCACAGGUGCAGUCAUGGGCACAGGUGCAGUCAUGGGCACAGGUGCAGUCAUGGGCACAGGUGCAGUCAUGGGCACAGGUGCAGUCAUGGGCACAGGUGCAGUCAUGAGCACAGGUGCAGUCAUGGGCACAGGUGCAGUCAUGAGCACAGGUGCAGUCAUGGGCACAGGUGCAGUCAUGGGCACAGGUGCAGUCAUGGGCACAGGUGCAGUCAUGGGCACAGGUGCAGUCAUGGGCACAGGUGCAGUCAUGAGCACAGGUGCAGUCAUGGGCACAGGUGCAGUCAUGGGCACAGGUGCAGUCAUGGGCACAGGUGCAGUCAUGGGCACAGGUGCAGUCAUGAGCACAGGUGCAGUCAUGGGCACAGGUGCAGUCAUGAGCACAGGUGCAGUCAUGGGCACAGGUGCAGUCAUGAGCACAGGUGCAGUCAUGGGCACAGGUGCAGUCAUGGGCACAGGUGCAGUCAUGGGCACAGGUGCAGUCAUGGGCACAGGUGCAGUCAUGGGCACAGGUGCAGUCAUGGGCACAGGUGCAGUCAUGGGCACAGGUGCAGUCAUGGGCACAGGUGCAGUCAUGGGCACAGGUGCAGUCAUGAGCACAGGUGCAGUCAUGGGCACAGGUGCAGUCAUGAGCACAGGUGCAGUCAUGGGCACAGGUGCAGUCAUGGGCACAGGUGCAGUCAUGGGCACAGGUGCAGUCAUGGGCACAGGUGCAGUCAUGGGCACAGGUGCAGUCAUGGGCACAGGUGCAGUCAUGGGCACAGGUGCAGUCAUGGGCACAGGUGCAGUCAUGGGCACAGGUGCAGUCAUGGGCACAGGUGCAGUCAUGAGCACAGGUGCAGUCAUGGGCACAGGUGCAGUCAUGGGCACAGGUGCAGUCAUGGGCACAGGUGCAGUCAUGGGCACAGGUGCAGUCAUGGGCACAGGUGCAGUCAUGGGCACAGGUGCAGUCAUGGGCACAGGUGCAGUCAUGGGCACAGGUGCAGUCAUGGGCACAGGUGCAGUCAUGGGCACAGGUGCAGUCAUGGGCACAGGUGCAGUCAUGGGCACAGGUGCAGUCAUGGGCACAGGUGCAGUCAUGGGCACAGGUGCAGUCAUGGGCACAGGUGCAGUCAUGGGCACAGGUGCAGUCAUGGGCACAGGUGCAGUCAUGGGCACAGGUGCAGUCAUGGGCACAGGUGCAGUCAUGGGCACAGGUGCAGUCAUGGGCACAGGUGCAGUCAUGGGCACAGGUGCAGUCAUGGGCACAGGUGCAGUCAUGGGCACAGGUGCAGUCAUGGGCACAGGUGCAGUCAUGGGCACAGGUGAGUCAUGGGCACAGGUGCAGUCAUGGGCACAGGUGCAGUCAUGGGCACAGGUGCAGUCAUGGGCACAGGUGCAGUCAUGGGCACAGGUGCCAGUCAUGGGCACAGGUGCAGUCAUGGGCACAGGUGCAGUCAUGGGCACAGGUGCAGUCAUGGGCACAGGUGCAGUCAUGGGCACAGGUGCAGUCAUGGGCACAGGUGCAGUCAUGGGCACAGGUGCAGUCAUGGGCACAGGUGCAGUCAUGGGCACAGGUGCAGUCAUGGGCACAGGUGCAGUCAUGGGCACAGGUGCAGUCAUGGGCACAGGUGCAGUCAUGGGCACAGGUGCAGUCAUGGGCACAGGUGCAGUCAUGGGCACAGGUGCAGUCAUGAGCACAGGUGCAGUCAUGGGCACAGGUGCAGUCAUGAGCACAGGUGCAGUCAUGGGCACAGGUGCAGUCAUGGGCACAGGUGCAGUCAUGGGCACAGGUGCAGUCAUGGGCACAGGUGCAGUCAUGGGCACAGGUGCAGUCAUGGGCACAGGUGCAGUCAUGGGCACAGGUGCAGUCAUGGGCACAGGUGCAGUCAUGGGCACAGGUGCAGUCAUGAGCACAGGUGCAGUCAUGGGCACAGGUGCAGUCAUGAGCACAGGUGCAGUCAUGGGCACAGGUGCAGUCAUGGGCACAGGUGCAGUCAUGGGCGCAGGUGCAGUCAUGGGCACAGGUGCAGUCAUGGGCACAGGUGCAGUCAUGGGCACAGGUGCAGUCAUGAGCACAGGUGCAGUCAUGGGCACAGGUGCAGUCAUGGGCACAGGUGCAGUCAUGGGCACAGGUGCAGUCAUGGGCACAGGUGCAGUCAUGGGCACAGGUGCAGUCAUGGGCACAGGUGCAGUCAUGGGCACAGGUGCAGUCAUGGGCACAGGUGCAGUCAUGGGCACAGGUGCAGUCAUGGGCACAGGUGCAGUCAUGGGCACAGGUGCAGUCAUGGGCACAGGUGCAGUCAUGGGCACAGGUGCAGUCAUGGGCACAGGUGCAGUCAUGGGCACAGGUGCAGUCAUGGGCACAGGUGCAGUCAUGGGCACAGGUGCAGUCAUGGGCACAGGUGCAGUCAUGGGCACAGGUGCAGUCAUGGGCACAGGUGCAGUCAUGGCACAGGUGCAGUCAUGGGCACAGGUGCAGUCAUGGGCACAGGUGCAGUCAUGGGCACAGGUGCAGUCAUGGGCACAGGUGCAGUCAUGGGCACAGGUGCAGUCAUGGGCACAGGUUGCAGUCAUGGCACAGGUGCAGUCAUGGGCACAGGUGCAGUCAUGGGCACAGGUGCAGUCAUGGGCACAGGUGCAGUCAUGGGCACAGGUGCAGUCAUGGGCACAGGUGCAGUCAUGGGCACAGGUGCAGUCAUGGGCACAGGUGCAGUCAUGGGCACAGGUGCAGUCAUGGGCACAGGUGCAGUCAUGGGCACAGGUGCAGUCAUGGGCACAGGUGCAGUCAUGGGCCACAGGUGCAGUCAUGGGCACAGGUGCAGUCAUGGGCACAGGUGCAGUCAUGGGCACAGGUGCAGUCAUGGGCACAGGUGCAGUCAUGGGCACAGGUGCAGUCAUGGGCACAGGUGCAGUCAUGGGCACAGGUGCAGUCAUGGGCACAGGUGCAGUCAUGGGCACAGGUGCAGUCAUGGGCACAGGUGCAGUCAUGGGCACAGGUGCAGUCAUGGGCACAGGUGCAGUCAUGGGCACAGGUGCAGUCAUGGGCACAGGUGCAGUCAUGGGCACAGGUGCAGUCAUGGGCACAGGUGCAGUCAUGGGCACAGGUGCAGUCAUGGGCACAGGUGCAGUCAUGGGCACAGGUGCAGUCAUGGGCACAGGUGCAGUCAUGGGCACAGGUGCAGUCAUGGGCACAGGUGCAGUCAUGGGCACAGGUGCAGUCAUGGGCACAGGUGCAGUCAUGGGCACAGGUGCAGUCAUGGGCACAGGUGCAGUCAUGGGCACAGGUGCAGUCAUGGGCACAGGUGCAGUCAUGGGCACAGGUGCAGUCAUGGGCACAGGUGCAGUCAUGGGCACAGGUGCAGUCAUGGGCACAGGUGCAGUCAUGGGCACAGGUGCAGUCAUGGGCACAGGUGCAGUCAUGGGCACAGGUGCAGUCAUGGGCACAGGUGCAGUCAUGGGCACAGGUGCAGUCAUGGGCACAGGUGCAGUCAUGGGCACAGGUGCAGUCAUGGGCACAGGUGCAGUCAUGGGCACAGGUGCAGUCAUGGGCACAGGUGCAGUCAUGGGCACAGGUGCAGUCAUGGGCACAGGUGCAGUCAUGGGCACAGGUGCAGUCAUGGGCACAGGUGCAGUCAUGGGCACAGGUGCAGUCAUGGGCACAGGUGCAGUCAUGGGCACAGGUGCAGUCAUGGGCACAGGUGCAGUCAUGGGCACAGGUGCAGUCAUGGGCACAGGUGCAGUCAUGGCACAGGUGCAGUCAUGGGCACAGGUGCAGUCAUGGGCACAGGUGCAGUCAUGGGCACAGGUGCAGUCAUGGGCACAGGUGCAGUCAUGGGCACAGGUGCAGUCAUGGGCACAGGUGCAGUCAUGGCACAGGUGCAGUCAUGGGCACAGGUGCAGUCAUGGGCACAGGUGCAGUCAUGGGCACAGGUGCAGUCAUGGGCACAGGUGCAGUCAUGGGCACAGGUGCAGUCAUGGCACAGGUGCAGUCAUGGGCACAGGUGCAGUCAUGGGCACAGGUGCAGUCAUGGGCACAGGUGCAGUCAUGGGCACAGGUGCAGUCAUGGGCACAGGUGCAGUCAUGGGCACAGGUGCAGUCAUGGGCACAGGUGCAGUCAUGGGCACAGGUGCAGUCAUGGGCACAGGUGCAGUCAUGGGCACAGGUGCAGUCAUGAGCACAGGUGCAGUCAUGGGCACAGGUGCAGUCAUGGGCACAGGUGCAGUCAUGGGCACAGGUGCAGUCAUGGGCACAGGUGCAGUCAUGGGCACAGGUGCAGUCAUGGGCACAGGUGCAGUCAUGGGCACAGGUGCAGUCAUGGGCACAGGUGCAGUCAUGGGCACAGGUGCAGUCAUGGGCACAGGUGCAGUCAUGGGCACAGGUGCAGUCAUGGGCACAGGUGCAGUCAUGGGCACAGGUGCAGUCAUGGGCACAGGUGCAGUCAUGGGCACAGGUGCAGUCAUGGGCACAGGUGCAGUCAUGGGCACAGGUGCAGUCAUGGGCACAGGUGCAGUCAUGGGCACAGGUGCAGUCAUGGGCACAGGUGCAGUCAUGGGCACAGGUGCAGUCAUGGGCACAGGUGCAGUCAUGAGCACAGGUGCAGUCAUGGGCACAGGUGCAGUCAUGAGCACAGGUGCAGUCAUGGGCACAGGUGCAGUCAUGAGCACAGGUGCAGUCAUGGGCACAGGUGCAGUCAUGGGCACAGGUGCAGUCAUGGGCACAGGUGCAGUCAUGGGCACAGGUGCAGUCAUGGGCACAGGUGCAGUCAUGGGCACAGGUGCAGUCAUGGGCACAGGUGCAGUCAUGAGCACAGGUGCAGUCAUGGGCACAGGUGCAGUCAUGGGCACAGGUGCAGUCAUGGGCACAGGUGCAGUCAUGGGCACAGGUGCAGUCAUGGGCACAGGUGCAGUCAUGGGCACAGGUGCAGUCAUGGGCACAGGUGCAGUCAUGGGCACAGGUGCAGUCAUGGGCACAGGUGCAGUCAUGAGCACAGGUGCAGUCAUGGGCACAGGUGCAGUCAUGGGCACAGGUGCAGUCAUGGGCACAGGUGCAGUCAUGGGCACAGGUGCAGUCAUGGGCACAGGUGCAGUCAUGGGCACAGGUGCAGUCAUGGGCACAGGUGCAGUCAUGGGCACAGGUGCAGUCAUGGGCACAGGUGCAGUCAUGGGCACAGGUGCAGUCAUGGGCACAGGUGCAGUCAUGGGCACAGGUGCAGUCAUGAGCACAGGUGCAGUCAUGGGCACAGGUGCAGUCAUGGGCACAGGUGCAGUCAUGGGCACAGGUGCAGUCAUGAGCACAGGUGCAGUCAUGGGCACAGGUGCAGUCAUGGGCACAGGUGCAGUCAUGGGCACAGGUGCAGUCAUGGGCACAGGUGCAGUCAUGGGCACAGGUGCAGUCAUGGGCACAGGUGCAGUCAUGGGCACAGGUGCAGUCAUGGGCACAGGUGCAGUCAUGAGCACAGGUGCAGUCAUGGGCACAGGUGCAGUCAUGGGCACAGGUGCAGUCAUGGGCACAGGUGCAGUCAUGAGCACAGGUGCAGUCAUGGGCACAGGUGCAGUCAUGGGCACAGGUGCAGUCAUGGGCACAGGUGCAGUCAUGGGCACAGGUGCAGUCAUGGGCACAGGUGCAGUCAUGGGCACAGGUGCAGUCAUGGGCACAGGUGCAGUCAUGGGCACAGGUGCAGUCAUGGGCACAGGUGCAGUCAUGGGCACAGGUGCAGUCAUGGGCACAGGUGCAGUCAUGGGCACAGGUGCAGUCAUGGGCACAGGUGCAGUCAUGGGCACAGGUGCAGUCGUGGGCACAGGUGCAGUCAUGAGCACAGGUGCAGUCAUGGGCACAGGUGCAGUCAUGGGCACAGGUGCAGUCAUGGGCACAGGUGCAGUCAUGGGCACAGGUGCAGUCAUGGGCACAGGUGCAGUCAUGGGCACAGGUGCAGUCAUGGGCACAGGUGCAGUCAUGGGCACAGGUGCAGUCAUGGGCACAGGUGCAGUCAUGGGCACAGGUGCAGUCAUGGGCACAGGUGCAGUCAUGGGCACAGGUGCAGUCAUGGGCACAGGUGCAGUCAUGGGCACAGGUGCAGUCAUGGGCACAGGUGCAGUCAUGGGCACAGGUGCAGUCAUGGGCACAGGUGCAGUCAUGGGCACAGGUGCAGUCAUGGGCACAGGUGCAGUCAUGGGCACAGGUGCAGUCAUGAGCACAGGUGCAGUCAUGGGCACAGGUGCAGUCAUGGGCACAGGUGCAGUCAUGGGCACAGGUGCAGUCAUGGGCACAGGUGCAGUCAUGGGCACAGGUGCAGUCAUGGGCACAGGUGCAGUCAUGGGCACAGGUGCAGUCAUGGGCACAGGUGCAGUCAUGGGCACAGGUGCAGUCAUGGGCACAGGUGCAGUCAUGGGCACAGGUGCAGUCAUGGGCACAGGUGCAGUCAUGGGCACAGGUGCAGUCAUGAGCACAGGUGCAGUCAUGGGCACAGGUGCAGUCAUGGGCACAGGUGCAGUCAUGGGCACAGGUGCAGUCAUGGGCACAGGUGCAGUCAUGGGCACAGGUGCAGUCAUGGGCACAGGUGCAGUCAUGGGCACAGGUGCAGUCAUGGGCACAGGUGCAGUCAUGGGCACAGGUGCAGUCAUGGGCACAGGUGCAGUCAUGGGCACAGGUGCAGUCAUGGGCACAGGUGCAGUCAUGGGCACAGGUGCAGUCAUGGGCACAGGUGCAGUCAUGGGCACAGGUGCAGUCAUGGGCACAGGUGCAGUCAUGGGCACAGGUGCAGUCAUGGGCACAGGUGCAGUCAUGGGCACAGGUGCAGUCAUGGGCACAGGUGCAGUCAUGGGCACAGGUGCAGUCAUGGGCACAGGUGCAGUCAUGGGCACAGGUGCAGUCAUGGGCACAGGUGCAGUCAUGGGCACAGGUGCAGUCAUGGGCACAGGUGCAGUCAUGGGCACAGGUGCAGUCAUGGGCACAGGUGCAGUCAUGAGCACAGGUGCAGUCAUGGGCACAGGUGCAGUCAUGGGCACAGGUGCAGUCAUGGGCACAGGUGCAGUCAUGGGCACAGGUGCAGUCAUGGGCACAGGUGCAGUCAUGGGCACAGGUGCAGUCAUGGGCACAGGUGCAGUCAUGGGCACAGGUGCAGUCAUGGGCACAGGUGCAGUCAUGGGCACAGGUGCAGUCAUGGGCACAGGUGCAGUCAUGGGCACAGGUGCAGUCAUGGGCACAGGUGCAGUCAUGGGCACAGGUGCAGUCAUGGGCACAGGUGCAGUCAUGGGCACAGGUGCAGUCAUGGGCACAGGUGCAGUCAUGGGCACAGGUGCAGUCAUGGGCACAGGUGCAGUCAUGGGCACAGGUGCAGUCAUGGGCACAGGUGCAGUCAUGGGCACAGGUGCAGUCAUGGGCACAGGUGCAGUCAUGGGCACAGGUGCAGUCAUGGGCACAGGUGCAGUCAUGGGCACAGGUGCAGUCAUGGGCACAGGUGCAGUCAUGGGCACAGGUGCAGUCAUGGGCACAGGUGCAGUCAUGGGCACAGGUGCAGUCAUGGGCACAGGUGCAGUCAUGGGCACAGGUGCAGUCAUGGGCACAGGUGCAGUCAUGGGCACAGGUGCAGUCAUGGGCACAGGUGCAGUCAUGGGCACAGGUGCAGUCGUGGGCACAGGUGCAGUCAUGAGCACAGGUGCAGUCAUGGGCACAGGUGCAGUCAUGGGCACAGGUGCAGUCAUGGGCACAGGUGCAGUCAUGGGCACAGGUGCAGUCAUGGGCACAGGUGCAGUCAUGGGCACAGGUGCAGUCAUGGGCACAGGUGCAGUCAUGGGCACAGGUGCAGUCAUGGGCACAGGUGCAGUCAUGGGCAGAGGCGGGUUCAUGGGUACAGGCGCCGUUGCAGGCAGAGAGAGUAGGGUCACCCCAAGCUGCACCCAUGGCAUACAGCUCCUCAUGCUUCUCUUCCUUCCCGAGGUUACGUGCGCAGGCACGGGCGCAGGCACGGGCGCAGGCACGGGCGCAGGCACGGGCGCAGGCACGGGCGCAGGCACGGGCGCAGGCACGGGCGCAGGCACGGGCGCAGGCACGGGCGCAGGCACGGGCGCAGGCACGGGCGCAGGCACGGGCGCAGGCACGGGCGCACGGGCGCAGGCACGGGCGCAGGCACGGGCGCAGGCACGGGCGCAGGCACGGGCGCAGGCACGGGCGCAGGCACGGGCGCAGGCACCGGGCGCAGGCACGGGCGCAGGCACGGGCGCAGGCACGGGCGCAGGCACGGGCGCAGGCACGGGCGCAGGCACGGGCGCAGGCCACGGGCGCAGGCACGGGCGCAGGCACGGGCGCCAGGCACGGGCGCAGGCACGGGCGCAGGCACGGGCGCAGGCACGGGCGCAGGCACGGGCGCAGGCACGGGCGCAAGGCACGGGCGCAGGCACGGGCGCAGGCACGGGCGCAGGCACGGGCGCAGGCACGGGCGCAGGCACGGGCGCAGGCACGGGCGCAGGCACGGGCGCAGGCACGGGCGCAGGCACACGGGCGCAGGCACGGGCGCAGGCACGGGCGCAGGCACGGGCGCAGGCACGGGCGCAGGCACGGGCGCAGGCACGGGCGCAGGCACGGGCGCAGGCACGGGCGCAGGCACGGGCGCAGGCACGGGCGCAGGCACGGGCGCAGGCACGGGCGCAGGCACGGGCGCAGGCACGGGCGCAGGCACGGGCGCAGGCACGGGCGCAGGCACGGGCGCAGGCACGGGCGCAGGCACGGGCGCAGGCACGGGCGCAGGCACGGGCGCAGGCACGGGCGCAGGCACGGGCGCAGGCACGGGCGCAGGCACGGGCGCAGGCACGGGCGCAGGCACGGGCGCAGGCAGAGGCACAGGGAGGGGAGGAAGGCAGAGGCGCAUCGGAUGCCGCACAGCCAUCAGCCACAGCAGCAUAUCCAUCGGUCACAGGAGCACAGCCAUCAGCCAUAGGAGCACAGUCAGCCACAGCAGCACCCACAACAGGCCUCAUCAGUGUAGCCCUCUGCUUCAAGAUCCCAGACGUGUGUGAUGCAGCACAGCCGUUAGCCGCAGGAGCACAGCCAUCAGCCACAGGGGCGCCGUUAGCAACAGCAGCACAGCCAUCAGCCACAGGGGCGCCGUCAGCCACAGCAGCACAGCCAUCAGCCAAAGCAGAACCCACAACAGGCCUCAUCAGUGUUGCCCACUGGGUCAAAAUCCCAGGAGCAUGGGAUGCAGCACAGCCAUCAGCCACAGCAGCGGAGCCAUCGGCCACAGCAGCGCAGCCGUCAGGCUCAGCAGCACCCACCAGAGGCCUCAUCAGUCUUGCCAGCACAGCUGCUGAACGUCCAUUCACCGGCCCCUCAUUCCAGUCCUCCCUUUGGGCAGCCGCAAAGGAAUGGUGUACCAACUCCUCUCCCCUCUCACACGGCUGA